UUUAUUUAUAUGAUUUUAGUGUACGAAUACAUUUUAUUUGAAGUGAAUUAAUUUAUAAUAAAACUAAAAAUAUGGCUACUUAUUGUAACCAGCAUUGGUUACUUUCUCAUAUACGCAAUUCCUUCAUAUCUACGGAUGAUACAGGAAUGUGUGAGACCGUAAUGUUGAGCAAUGAUAUGCCCAAAAAUUAUUUGCGUAAAUAUCAAACCACAUCUGUUGCAAGCAACGCUGCGAAUCAAAACAAGCAACCACAACAACGGAAAUCAAUUGGAAAUAAACAACAUUUACAAGAAAUGGUAGACCCGGCCCUACAUGAGGUAGAUUUUGUCUGCUAUCCAGGGUUGGACCAAAGUGAUGAUGAAGAUAUGGACUUAACUGCACAGUCUUUUGAAAUUCAAAUGUAUCCAGAAAUAUGGGCGCAAAGAUUUCGCUCAAACACUGCACAAAAGUUGGAAAAAAUGGACGAAGCUCGUCGUAACGCUGCGAAAAUAAAAUCUGUUAACUACGAGGACGAAAUUGUUCCUCCCGAGCGCAAUGAUUUUUUUGUUAAAAAAACUGUACUAAAAACAUCAGAGCAGCCCAAAAGUAAUGAGGAAAAUCUCGAUAAAAGCAUUGACGUUACUGAUGAUGCUGGCGGUGGAGGCGACGGUAUCUGUGUAGUAAAAAGCAAGCUUGCCUUACAAUUAGCUAAUAGUCCAAAGCAAGCCCAAAACAAAUUUAUUGAAUAUGCCCGUUUUGACGGCACUUCCCAAAGAGGCAUACAAACAAAACGUAUUGGCGUAUUUUUAAGUAUGUUGCCCGAGCGUGAGAGAAAUUACCCCAUUAAAAUCUGUGUUCUUGCUAGUGCGAAAAUUUUUGAGGUUAUUGGUCUAGUUUGCUAUAAGGCAACAAUACAGUAUCCGAAGAUUCCAUUAAAAUCUAUACGUCAUUAUGCUUUGUAUAUAACAGAAGACAAUGACGCUAUGGAGGAAUUUCCACCACUUGAUGAUAAAGAGCCCUGCUCUAAGUUUGGAUUUUCUCAUUUAACUUUAGCAGAGCGACGGCCACUAGCGCAGGUGACACGGAUUGACUACGCUAAUAACAUGGCUACGAAAUCAAUGACAUCGGAGGAAGAUAAAGCAAGGCUUGCAGCAGCAGCUGUACAAUCUGUCCAGAGUAUGGAACCUACUGCUAGCGGUGGGGGCGAAGAAGAGGAUUCCAAUUGUGCUACUAACAGCAAUAAUGAUGACUAUGAAGAACGUAUGAUGAGUCACAAUGACAUGUUGGAAGCGCCUAUGUAUCGCACUUAUCGAUUAAACAUAAUUGAAAAACCUUUCUUUCGAAGAGAUGUCACUCUAGGAAUUUCUGGAGAGCGUAUCGAAAUCGACCACCAUAAAAAUGCGAAAUUUUGGACUAAACAAAAAGCUGUUACCUAUCCCAUUGAUGUCAUUGCUUCGUGUGAAAUUGUAGAGCGACGUCAUUUAAAAGCCACAAUCCGCAUAUGGUUAAAAGCGUCGUCUUCUUCAUCAACGAUGAACAGUUGCAAAUCGUCUACGGAUUUAAAAUCGACACCACAUGUAAUAGAAAGUGGUGGUGCUGCUGUGCCACAUUCUCCCACAAGUCCCGUACAUCAUCAUUUGCACGUCCCUUCAGCGUUUGGACUAUUUUCAACCAGUUCUAGCAGUGGAGGCAGCUCCUCUAGUCAUAACUAUUCUCACAUGCGAUUCAAACAUUAUGAUCUUGAAGCUGACACCCAUACCGCAGAACAUAUUUUAAACAAACUAAGUUGUAUACUGAAAGUACGAUCCAGUGAAGUGCGCAGGGAGUUUCUACAGUUAAGAGAACGGAAACUAGAAAAAAGUCAAGCAAAAAAACAGUUAAAAAUGUAGUAUCUGCGUCUUUAUCGAAGAUUUUUUCGAGUAAUUUUUGACUGCUAUGUGAUCGAGAAUUGCAAGCAGCACUCACUGAUUUCCUUAUGCAAAUCGUCAAAUGUGCCGUUUCAAAAUUAAUAUGGCACAUACUACAGCUACAAAGUUGUCAAAUGAAAUUGAUUUUUUUAUUCUAUGUUAGAUCGCAUAAGAUUAAUAGAAUAAAGAAAAAGAAGAAAUUCGCUUAGAAUUAAUAUUAUUUAAACUUAAAUUUUCAUUACAAUUAAAUUGCGUUAUAUUAAGAUAUGUAUGUACAAGCAUACUUAUGUACAUUAAAAGUUCGUGUUGUAAUGCUUCGUAUUACGGUAAAAAUAAAUUUUGCGCU